AUGUCGACGUUUAACGCUGGGCCAGCAAAUACAGGAGCUGCACCUGUGGAGCUCACUGCAGGCAAAAUCCGUGAAAUGAUGGCUAAUGCUCAAAGAGCAAUAGCUCAACGGAAGUUUGAGCUUGGCUUGACGGAGAAUGGUGCUGCCAACGGGUUGAAUUUCCCCCCAGGAGUCAUUCCUGAUACAGAGACAGUUGAUAAAAUGAGACGAGCUGCUCAACUACAAGCGCAGAUAAACGCUCGCUUGAACUCAGGAAUUCUGAGUAGCCACUCUGUGAACAGUGACUCCAGGAAGUCUAAGGAUAUUCCCAAUGUGAUAUUCGACGAGCAAGGUAAAACUAUCGAUGCUUCUACUGGAGAGGAAAUACAGCUUACUCACUACACACCAACACUCAAAGCCAAUCUCAGGGCAAAACGAGCCCAGCAGUUCAAAGAGGUUCUUCAGACCACAACUCAGAAGAAACCUCAAAAGUCUUCAGUAUCAACCAUAUUUUUUGAUCCUCGACUAAGAGUUAAAGCUGCUUCACGUCCAAAGCGGCAAUUGAGUUUCCAUGAACCUGGAAAGUUCGUCAAAAUGGCUCAGCGCAUGCGAACCAAGUUCCAACUUCAAGUCUUACAGGAAUCUGUCGCCCAAGCUGUCAGAAAAACGGGUAUCGCUAGUGCAGCCAAACUGUCGACCAUCCAACCCAAACGUUCCGUCGACGAAACAGAUAUACCAUUACUAGAAUGGUGGGAUGCUUAUAUUCUGAAGGAGGGUGUAACUAGUUACUCCACCUUAGACGAACUAGCAAUCCAUGGCCUCCCUGUCUCUGCCGCAGUUAAUAAGGCCUGGAUCACAAGUUUGGUGGAACAUCCAGUUAAGUUGAAGCCUCCAACUGAUCUGUCCAAACCACCGGAAAUACCAUUACUCCUAACGAAGAAAGAGCGUAAAAAGCUUAGACGUCAAAACCGUCAGGAAGCUCAAAGAGAAAAGCAAGAAAAGGUUAGACUUGGUCUAAUGCCACCUCCUGAACCAAAGGUCCGUCUGGCGAAUUUGAUGAGAGUCCUAGGGUCCGAUGCUGUUCAGGACCCAAGCAAAGUGGAAGCGUAUGUACGAGCCCAAAUGGAAUCCCGGAAACGAGCACAUGAAGCCGCUAACGCUGCCCGAAAAUUAACAAAAGAGCAAGCUCGUUACAAACGUAUUAAGAAAAUACGAGAAGACACAACUCAUACCGUUCAUGUAGCUGUUUACAGAGUAAAGGAUUUUUCGAAUCCAUCUCAUCGAUUCAAGGUCGAGACAAAUGCCAACCAGCUACUUAUGACAGGGUUAGUCGCACUACACAGUGAUUGCAAUGUAGUGGUUGUAGAAGGGGGACCUAAACAACAACGGAAAUUUCAACGUCUCAUGCUUUGUCGAAUAAAAUGGCGCGAAGGUAAACGUGGGACAGUUGGUAAUCCGUCGGGUUCUUUCUCUCACGAAGAUCGUGCUGCCACAUCUGAACUUGACAGUGACACAGGAUGUCGUUUAAUUUGGAAGGGUACAGUCAAACAACGUGCAUUCGAUAAAAUUCAAUUCAAAGCAUGUCCCACAGAACUUUACGCACGCGAACAAUUUCGUAAACGUGAUGUGGAACACUAUUGGGAUCUUGCAUAUAGUGGAGCUAUAUUAGAAACUCUUGAUAGCUAA